AUGGAAACGCCAUUAAAGGUGGCCAUCAUAGGCGGUGGAAUCGGCGGUCUCUGUACCGCCCUCUUCAUUCAACACCACUGCGGCUCCGCCGUCGCCAUUGACGUCUACGAGCAAGCACCGCAGUACCGCGAGAUUGGCGCCGGCGUCGGCAUCGGCGUCAACGCGGCCAAGCUGCUGCACAAGAUUGGCAUCGGCGAGGCCGUGUCCAGUAUCGCCGGUCGGCGCAGCAGAGUCUGGGUCAGCUUUCGCAAGUUCGACGACGGGUCCGACGUGGUGACGGUGCCGUCGGCCGAUACGGACGUGAUCAAGCAGCUGCCGGUGCAUCGCGCCGAGUUUCUGGAUCUCUUGGUCGCCAUCGUAAAAGAACGCAAAGCAGCGAUGCUUCAUUCGCAUAAACGCUGUGUCAAGCUCUCGGAUCAAGGUAAUGAGGUUCUCAUUGGGUUCCAGGACGGUACCAGUGCCACAGCAAACUUGGUUCUCGGUUGUGAUGGUAUACACUCUGCAGUGAGAGGUCAAUUCGCCACCGAUAAACCGGAAUACAGCGGCCAGAUUGCAUACCGUGGGCUCAUCCCCAUAUCGGAAAUCGAGAAGUGGUGGGGCUUUGAUACUUAUGCUGUGACCUGGCUCGGGAAAAACCGACAUUUUUUGUGUUUUCCCAUUUCCAACAAUAAAACGCUCAAUAUAGUCGCAUUUGUCGCUGAGAAGGAGGAAAACCUCGGCGAUCUGCGAGAAAGCUGGACAGCGCUUGGGCGGAAGGAGGAUGUCUUGAAGGCAUUUGAAGGGUUCGAAGAGAGAGUGCAAAAGGUCAUCCACCUUAUGCCAGAAAAGCCUUCGAAAUGGUUGAUAAACGAUCGGAAGCCCCUUGAUCAGUGGAUAUAUUCAAAUGGCAAGGUGAUACUGAUGGGAGAUGCCGCUCAUGCCAUGACUCCUCAUCAGGGCGCCGGCGCCGGCCAGGCUAUUGAAGAUGGCUACAUACUUGGCCGAGCACUUCAAGACUACUUCCGAAAUCAGUCUUCAUCAGAGUUGAAUAUUGCCGACUGGGCACAAAUUUAUCAGGACGUCCGUCUUCCUCGCGCGCAGAAAGUUGCGGCGACAUCUCGGGCUGCCGUGGAGAUAUAUCAGGCUCGAGCUGGUGGAAUGGAGGCUUUGCCGUUUGAAGAUUGUGUCGCAGAGAUUCAUAAACGGGUGAUUGGCAGGAUGCAGUGGGUUUGGACAGACGAUAUUGACUCUGAAUACAACCUAGCGAUAGAUAAAAUCAACAAACCUCGGGCAAAGAAUAUUUAA